AUGCUUCAAGUAGGUGACAAAAAACAGAUUUUUUCAUAAUGGUUUGUAGUGUGGCACACCGCCACAAAUUCGAAAGCUGUUCAUCGGUGGAUUGAGUCAGGAGACGACGAGUGUGCAGGUUAGAGGACCGAGCCGAUAGGGACCACAUCAUUUUCAGCUCCGCGAGUACUUCUCCCGGUGGGGACCCGUCGUCGAUGCGAUCGUGAUGCGUGACAUGAGCACAAAACAGUCGCGCGGCUUCGGUUUUGUCACUUUCGGCUCGGUGUUCAGUGCGGAACUGGCGAUGAUGACGAGGCCGCACGUGAUCGGCGGAAGGAAGGUACGUACGAGCAACUGGGACCAAUGGGACCAUGUCGGUCUUGCAGGUCGAUUCGAAAAGAGCCAUUCCACGCGAUCAGAUGGUUCCACCGCAGCCGGUCCCGUUCCUGAGUGUCCAAGUGGCCGCGGAGCCUGGCUGUUCGGUCCUUUUGAGUGGGAUCAUCGAACGGAUCCAUUCGAUCGACGCGCUUCGGAUCUAUUUCGACACCUUCGGAACGCUGGAUCAAAUCCAACUUCGCGUCCAACCACCGGGACCGGCAGUUGUGAUUUUCGCGGAAAAGGCGUCGGCGGACCGGUGUCUGGCACACAAUUCCGGUUGCCACGUGGUCAACGGACAGCGGAUCCAGGUGACCGAGGCCCCAGACGACUAG